AAGUGACACGGGUCUGCUGCUCGCGGUCCCAAACAAGGCCCUAAUCUACUCCGUGCUUCUACCUCAAAGGAUAGCUUUUUCGGAGGCCUUCCAAAGGAUGUAUGGUGAACAGCUUGAUCAUGAACUGGAUUCUCUGCUACAUAUGCCUAGUGAUGGAGAUACUUGGUCUGUGAUGCAAAGUUGGGUUUUGCCUACACGGUCAUUCCUAGAAUUUGUUAUGUUUUCAAGAAUGUUUGUUGAUGCACUGGAUGCACAAAUGUAUGACAAACACCAUCGAACUGGGUAUUGCAUCUUGAGUCUCCACAAGGACCAGCACUGCUACUCUCGUCUUCUGGAGGAGAUUGUGAAUGUUUGGGCAUUCCACAGUGCGCGGCGGAUGGUUUAUGUCAAUCCUGAGACUGGUGUAAUGCAGGAGCAGCACCCGCUCAGUGGCAGGAGAGGUCAGAUGUCAGUCCAGUGGUUCUCCUACGCCACUCUGAAGAGCAUGGAUGAGGAGUUGGCAGAAGAGUUCAACUCAGAUCACCCAGACAGGAGGUGGCUCUGGCCACAAACGGGGGAGGUCUUCUGGCAAGGUCUCUAUGAGAGGGAGCGAACCAUGCGGCAACAGGAAAAGGAGCGGCGGAAGCAGCAGAGCAGAGACAAGAUCCAGAGAAUCAAGAAGAGAGCUCGGCAAAAGACACUGGGCAAGUAUAUAAAGCCACCACCUGAGGAUAUCGGUGGCUCGAACGAUACGAUGACGGUAGAUUUGUAGCAUUUUGAUAAACAUACUUAGGGCGAUAAUUCUUUCUGCAGGAAAUUUUGUUCAUUCUUUCAUCAUUACAGCUAAUGUCCUCAGUAGUUGCUCCC